AUGUCGAAAAAAACAAGAACGCAAUUUCUGGAUUUAGAAGAUAUAUCAUUACGUUGUGUAUUUCAAUAUUUAUCUAUUCAAGAUCGUUUUACUUUAUUCUUUGAUUUCUUUCCAUGUCGAAUUCAACCAUUACUCGAAAAUUUUAUUUCAUUUGUUAAUAUUUCUAAUGAAAAUGAUGAAUGGAUUCAAAAAUAUCUUCCAAAAGCAUUAACUCAACGGAAAAUUUUUGGUCUUUGUUUAAAAGAAAAACAAAUUCAUUUUGUUUCGAAAUAUUUUUCAUUAGAUGAUAUUCAAACAAUAUAUUUGAUAACAACAUAUAUCAAUGAUAAAGUAUCAGCAAAUAACUGUAUUCAACUCUGUCAAUAUUUGAAUAAACUUGUUCUUCUCCGUGAUAAAAAAGGAGAGGAUAAAGAAAUUUUAAUUUAUCCGAUUGUUGGUCAAGAUUAUAUUUUUCAAAAUUUAACAGAUCUGUCAAUUAAUCUUUCGAAGAUUGAUUGUAUAUUUACUAUUCUCCAACGUUUACCUAAUUUACAAACAUUGAAAAUGCAUUUGGAAAAUUCCCGUUCAUAUGACGAACAGGAAAUUCAUAUUGACAACAUAGGAUCUUGUACAAUGCUUCGUAAUGUUAAAAUAACAGGUGUAACAUCAUAUCGACAUGAAUUUCAGACAUUUUUUGCUAUUUUUGGAUCAACAAUUCAAUUCUUAACAAUUAAUAUUACAAUACUAGAGAACCAACCUUUCUUGACACAAUUGGAACAUGAUGUACUUAAUAAAAUGCCUCUGUUAUCAUCAUUUAACUUUUUCAUUAAAUGGAAUAGACAGUACUUAGACGGAAUUUUUGUCAUUGAUACUCAAAUAUUUCAAAAUAGCAAUUGGCAACGAUUCGGUCAAUUUGAGAUCAUGACAAACGACUUGAAUUUGUUGUACAAUGGAAGCAAGUCACGGCCUUCUGUUGUCGAACAUGUUCGUACAGUUUUAUUAAGAAGACAAAAACCUUGGUGGUCAAUUAAUACAUUUCGUUUUAUUCGAAAUAGUUUUCCGAACGUUCGAACACUUUAUUUUCAUUGCAGACUAAAGAAAACCGAUGAUAAUUAUACGCAAAUUCAUGAUGUACGAUUUCCCGAAUUAUUUGACAAUGAUUUUCAUAACAACAAUGAAAUUCAACUAUUAAAUGUGACUACGAUUUAUUUAAAUAUUGAACGUGAACAAUUUAAUUAUCUAAAUUUUCGAUAUUUAUUUAAUCUUUUACCAAAUUUAAAAAUUAUAAGAACAAAUAGACCAGAAAAUGCUCGAAAAUAUGUUGGUCAUUGUUAUAAUGAUAUUGCCAAGAAUAAAUUAGAUUGUCUCAAGAUCGAACAUCUUCAUAUUCCACAAUAUAUUAAUACUUCAACUAAACUUUUUUAUUAUCUUUGCGAGUUUUAA